GGGCGUCGCUGAGGAGGACCCCGCCCAGGGCGUCGCUGAGGAGGACGCCGCCCACGGCGUCGCUGAGGAGGACGCCGCCCACGGCGUCGCUGACGAGGUCACCGCCCAGGGCGUCGCAGACGAGGACGCCGCACAGGGCAUCGCGAACGAGGUCGCCGUCCAUGGCGUCGUUAAAGAGGUCACCGCCCAGGGCAUCGCGAACGAGGACGCCGCCCAGGGCAUCGCUAAGGAGGCCGCCGCCCAGGGCGUCAUGAACGAGGCUGCCGCCCAGGGCGUCGCUAAGGAGGACGCCGCCUAUGGCGUCACUAAGGAGGACACCGUCCACGGCAUCGCUAACGAGGACGUCGUCCACGGCAUCACUAACGAGGUCGCCGUCCACGGCGUUGUUAAAGAGGUCGCCGUACAGGGCAUCGUGAAUGAGGACGCUGCCCAGGGCAUCGCUAAGGAGGACGCCGCCCAGAGCGUCGCUACUGAGGGUGCCACCGACGGUGUUGCUAACGAGAUAGCCGCCCAGGGUGUCGCUAACGAGGUCGCCGCCCACGGCGUCGCAAACGAGGUCGCCGCCCAGGGCGUCGCAAACGAGGACGCUGCCCAGGGCGUCGCUAACGAGGUCGAAGUCCAGGGCGUCGCACACGAGGAUGCCGUCCAGGGCGUCGCUAACGAGGACGUCGUCCGCGGCAUCGCUAACGAGGUCGCCGUCCACGGCAUCGUUAAAGAGGUCACCGCACAGGGCAUCACGAACGAGGACGCUGCCCAGGGCGUCGCUACUGAGGACGCCACCCAGGGCGUCACUACCGAGGACGCCGCCAACGGCGUCGCUAAGGAGGACACCGCCCACGGUGUCGCUAACAUGGUCGCCGUCCACGGCAUCGCUAACGAGGACGCCGUAUAUGACAUUGCUAAUGACACCGUACAAGGCACGCUAACGAGGACGCUGUACAGGACAUCGCUAAUGAGGACACCAUAUAAGGCAUCGGUAAUGAGGACGCUGUAUAUGACGUCGCUAACGAAGACACCGUACAAGCCGUCGCUAACAAGGACACUGUACACAACAUCACUAAUGAGGGCACUGUACAAGACAUCACCAAUGAGGGCACUUUAUACGACAUUGCUAAUGACACCGACAAGGCACGCUAACGUGGACGCUGUACACGACAUCGCUAAUGAGGACACCGUAUAAGACAUCGCUAGUAACUAUCGCAAGAACAAAAAACCAAACACCGCAUAUUCUCACUCAUAGGCGGGAAUUGAACAAUGAGAUCACAUGGACACAGGAAGGGGAAUAUCACACUCUGGGGACUUGUGGGGUGGGGG